CACUGACCAGGUGAAGGUGGAACUACGAGAAAAAAAAUCGAAGAGCCCAUGAAGGAGAAGAAGACAAUGAAGAAGAAGAAAAAAAAGUAUUGGCGAAGAAGAAAUACCUGACGUCAGGCGAGUGAGUGACGUCAGACAGGAACCAGCGGAAGUGAAGGGAGCCGGACAAAUCAAGAUGGCGUCCCUGGGCAGAAGAGGAAAGAUAUUUCAUAUUAAAUAAAAUAUUUCGAUCAUAAUUCUAAUUUAGACUGUACACUUCUAAAAAUAAAGUCAUAUUUGUAAGAGCGAGACAAGCCAGAUACAGAGUAUCUAAAUGGCUACAAGGAGGUCUUUAUCGGAUGCACAAAACAAUGGACCCAUCAGCUACCUUGAUGAUGUUCCCUUCAAGGUUAAUGAAAAGUUUCGCUGUCCUGCCAAGGUGGGGCUACCUGUCGGCUUUUGUCUGCCGGAUUGCACCUCUCUGUUGGUGGACUCGCAGUACGACUUUUCUCUGGAGAAAUUAAGUGUCCGCUGGGGCGCGGAGCUGGCCGAGGCACGAGCAGCAGAGGCGCGAGCAAAAGAGGCCGCGGCGAAAGAGGAAGCGGAAAAUCGCGAAAGCGUGUCUCAGUCUGAGGACGUGAAUGGGGCUGGAGGGAAGAAAGCCCCAUCUGCUGUUGAAGACCACGACCCUCCGCCACCAGCAAUGAACCCUAUUCUGGCAGGAAUGAGCCAUGACGCCAUACUCACUCCUCUGCCUGCUCCAAGUCUUGGUCCGAGGAAAAUCCAGCCCAGCAUUCCUCAGGCACACGGCCUCAACCUUGCGGACUUUGAGCGGGAAGAGGACCCCUUUGACAAGCUGGAGCUUAAAACAUUGGAUGAUAAAGAGGAGCUUCGGAACAUUCUCCAGAGCCAGCCUCAACCCGCUUCGUCUGUAUCCCCUCCGGUUGGAUCCCAGCAAGGGCCAGCUUCGUGUCGAAACACCCCAUCGCCUCCCACCAACACCAGCCUUCCCGCGAAACCGGGUUUUGCCCAUAAACCAAAUGGCUUGGUUGCCUUGAUGGAUAUGGACGGAGUUGGGCAACAUUCGAAAUCGGCUGUCGAAGCGGAGGAUCGACCCUGCAACAUCCGCUCUCUGAGCUUUCCCAAGCUGUCGGAUUCUGGGGAUCCCGAGCCGGUUCGGUACAGCGCCCGCAACGCGCCCACGCCUUGUCCCCGACGGAACCUACCCAAUGGCAGCCCCCCGAUCAAACCCAAAUCCCAAGUUAUCGUCGCUCCAGAGCACCUCAGCGUUUCUAAGGGCGGUGGACCAAAACAGGUAAACUCGGGGUCAGGUUCGGCUGGCUUGCCAUGCGGAGGAGCCUUGCUAAGCAUGACCCCUGGUGAGCGCCAGUGUGUGGAAACCCUUGUGGGCAUGGGUUAUUCCUAUGAGGGCGUUCUUCGGGCCAUGCAGCGACAAGGGCAGAAUGUGGAGCAGGUGCUGGAUUAUCUCUUCGUCCAUGGACGUCUGUGUGAGCGGGGCUUUGAUGUAGGCGCGGUGGAGGAAUGCUUAGAGCUGUACCAGUGCUCAGAAGCAAAGGCGCUGCAAUUCCUUGAGCUGAUGUCAAGAUUUGGUGAGAUGGGAUUCGAGCGGGAGGCCAUCAAAGAGGUGCUGCUGGUCCACAACAAUGAUCAAGACAAGGCGCUCGAGGACUUGAUGGCUCGGGCGACUGCGAGCUGAGCCGAGCCAAUGAAGCAACCGCCGCGGGGCCUGCUACCUAUUAACCGCCUCACACAGCCCCUUUUUUUUUUCUGCCCCUCUAAAAAUCACACCAUGUCCUGCAACAUAUGUGCUUGCCUUGGCUGUGGAGGAGAGAACUGGGAGAGUACUUGUUUCUCUCUGUGCGCCACCAUAUUGUCUCUCAAGCACUUUAAGACUGGGUGCCAAGAGUAUUAAUACUUCACAGCGGUGUUUCUUUCUAAUCAACGCUGAGGUUAGGUUCCAGGAACUGCUACUGCGACGGUAUUGAAGACUGGAGAUGAGGACCGAGGAGAAUUGGGCUUUUGGCUUUGACGCCAUUUAUAUUUGCUUCCACUUGGAAGUGUUGAUCUGACUGCAGGUCAGAAUCGGGAGGAGGUAUAAAACCCUUGAAAACCGCUUCACAGUCAAGCUACCAUCUUCCACUGCUCUGCAGAUAUCGUAAGUGUGGUGGGAAGGAAUAAUCGGCGUUUCUUGAAAUUGAAACAGACGUCCAAAGGCAACGGAUGAACGUCACACCAGACAGAGGAAGAAGUGAUUCAAGAAGUGCCCGUUCCGCUUCACUGUACCUUCUCCUGUCAUUUGUUUCUCUCUGUUCAUUUUCAUUGUUUCACAUCAUUUGAUUUUGUAUUCACAUAAUUGAACAUUCAUCAUUGCAACCCAGAAAACAAGUGGGUACUACGAGUCCGGUUUGCUCUUUUACCUGCACUGGAACAACCUGUAGCACGAAGCGGCAAGAGAGGUAGGCUCUCUCCUCUUGAUGAAACAGUACA